AUCUGGUGGCACUUCCGAUGAGCCAAAAUGGCCGCGGCCGUUCAGGACUCACGUGUGAGCUCGGGGAAAAAGCUAAAGCGAUCCCUGAAGAAGAAGAAAAAGGUUAAAAUGGUGGUCAAGGCCGCAACAUCGAAGCUGGAAGAUGAGCUCAAAGACUCUUCCGACGGAGAAGGGUCUGUAGGAAGCUGUGACUCAGAGAUGGACCAGUCAGAUGACGGAGCUGCAGAAGCUGACAGAGAGGACAAUGUUGAAUCCUGUGAGGAAGAAAGUGAAGAUGCUGCAGAACCAAGUGCUGGGACUAACUCAGGUUGGGCGGAUGCCAUGGCCAAAAUCCUUAACAAAAAGACCCCUAAAAGUAAACCCACCAUCCUUAUGAAAAGCAAAGAGCUCGAGAAGGAGAAAGAGAAGCUAAAGCAGGAGAGGCUGGAGAAAAGGAAACAGCUUGAUAAAAAGCGGGAGUGGGAAAUGAUGUGCAGAGUGAAGCCAGAUGUUGUCAAAGACAAAGAGGCAGAGAGGAACCUUCAAAGGAUUGCAACGAGGGGUGUGGUGCAGUUAUUCAAUGCUGUUCAGAAACACCAAAGGAAUGUUGGUGAAAAAGUUAAGGAAGCAGGAGGCUCUAUCAGGAAGCAAGCUAAGUUGAUGUCGACUGUUUCCAAGAAGGAUUUCAUCAGUGUUCUUCGGGGAAUGGAUGGUACAAAUGAGAACAGCCCUGCUGCGAAGAACCCGAAAGCCAGACAGACGGAAGUGAAAUCAGAAGAGGGCCCAGGGUGGAAGAUUCUGCGAGAUGAUUUCAUGAUGGGAGCCAGCAUGAAGGACUGGGACAAGGAGAGCGAUGAGCCUGCUGGAGGCAGGGCAGGGUCGGCCAGUGACUGAGCAUCUGAGACUCCAAAUGUCCCUAAGGGUUGGAGCUGAGAGGCCAUCUGCUGACAACCGUGACUCCCUGAGAGCUAGUGCUCCUCCACCGACAGACUGUGUUGCCAUAUUUUAAUCCUUACAACGCUAAGCCUUUUUCCCAAAACACUUGUACAAAGAAAUAUUUUUUCUUGAGCAGGAAGAUGUGCACUUUUCUUACAUGCAGACACAUACUGUGUUGCACCAGUUUUUCUAAAGUGCAGUCCCGUUUAUAGUUAAUUAAAUGAAUUUGAUAUAAGA